GUUUUCUUCACAGAGCGUUCGGUUCUCUUUCUCUGCCAGCCAUUACAGAAGUUCUUAAUAAGUACACAGGCACAAACCUAACGCGACUAAACGAGAAAAGUCAAGAUCGUGCUCAAAAGUCAGGUCACUGGGGUGAUCAAAAAGUAGAUAAAUACUUGAAGCCUAAAUCGUAUGCACCAGUGGGGAACGUCGCAAAUAACAGGCUGACAGAUAACCGCACCCGUAUUGAUGCCUUUCUUGUGAACUAUGGUGAUGCUUUCAAUCUAACUUGCCCGAAAAAGUCUCCAAUCGUUGUGUGGGAGUUUUUACCGAAUGAAAGAAAUCAAGAUGGCGUCGAAGGCCAAGCAAUUCCCAACUCAAUCAUCCGUAACGGUGACGUAAUCAUCCCAAGCGUCGGAAAUGAACACGAUGGCAUCUAUUCAUGUGGUUUUUCCGGCACUGACAGAUCGAAAACGUACAAAGCACGCGUCAAUGUAAUGUAUUCAACCCCUGCCUUCGUUGGUGAUCAGACAAACAACAUUACCAUUGAAUACGGCUUAUCUAAGAGCAUUCCAUGCCGCGCUACCGGCAUUCCAACGCCUAAUGUUAUUUGGGAAUGGCCAGCUACAUUAGGAAACACGAGUCUUGCUUCUCAGACGUCCAGAGUCCUUAUAACCCCGGAUAACGACUUGUACAUACACAGGGCGAUCCCAGAAUUUCAGGCUGAAUUUUCGUGUAAAGCGAAAAACGCGAUUGGAAAAAUUGAGCGCUCGGUGCGUGUGAAUAUACUGUCUUUAUCGCCGCAAGUGAUAAAAGAUUUGCCGGUUGUUAUUCGUGGUAAGGAAGGAAAAUCGACACGGUUGGAUUGCAAAGCACAAGCUAUACCUUCACCGAGUUACUCAUGGACGCGAAGAAACGGAGAGACUUUGAACGGAGACGAUUCAAAUGUGGAACAACUUUCGAACGGAAGUUUAAUUAUUAGAAAACUCAGCUUAGAAGACGCCGGCUGGUACAUAUGUACGGUGCAUAACGAGAUCGGCAGCGCUCAAUUUCAAGUUCAAUUGAUUGUAAACACACCGUACACAACGACUAGAGCACCAGUGCAACCGACACCGCCGCCGUUUUAUUUACCGACACCGUUCGUACAUAAAAUCGAGCUGACCGAAACCACAGACACAAAAGGUACAGCGCAUCGUAUACGAAGAAUUAUGCACGACGACGUGCUAUACCUAAACUGCCGAGAUAGAACGGCACAACGGGGUUAACAUUCGCGCCGGAUUCCUGAUAUUUUAUGGGUUCUACCCAACGGUGAAGAAGCGGGGUUUCCAGUACCUGUUCCCACAUACAGGCAUCGGGUUUUCCACAACGGGACGUUAAGAAUUCGAGAGGUUCAGAUCGCUGACGAAGGCGCUUAUCGGUGCAAAGACAGAGACGCUACAGGAAGCCACGACAUUGAAAGUAUAUCUCUUUACGUUCUUACAUCGGCACCGUCAGUCAAACAACAGUUGUUCAGCACUGUUCAAGUCAGACCCGGUUCGACUGCAUUCGCUGACUGCAGUCCCGCUUCAGGAAAACCGAUCGCUACCUGCUCCUGGGCGACACCGAGCGGGCAAGAGUUGACGGUCGGUUCGUGGAGAGGAAACGUUCGUGUUCUGGAAAGUGGGCGUUUAAUUUUGAGCCGUAUUAAUAGGAAUACGCUUGGCAAGUACGUUUGUACUUUGACCAACCUUGCUGGUGCUGUGAGUCGAGUCGUCGAGUUUAAGUUUUACUCAAUACCGGCUGCCAUACGAGCUCGCAAGUUUCGAAGAUUUUUUGUUCAAGUUGGAGGUUCUAGGGCUUUCGACUGCCCAACCACUGGUUCGCCACAUCCAAGGUUAUAUUGGAGAACACCGGAAGGUCGAAGUCUUGGAACAAACCACGUGAAGCUUAUUACUGCUUCCAACUCAACUGUAGCAGUGUAUGACAACGGGAACAUUAUGAUCAAAGACGCAAGGUUGGAAGACUCUGGUAUCUACAGAUGCUACGCUUAUAAUAGAUUAGGUUCAGCAUAUAUCUCUGUCGAGUUAGUUGUGUUUCGUUGAUACCGGUUAAAGGAUAAACAUGUUUAUCAUUGUGGAGUUGUGGGGCUAGAUAAUUGAUGUUGUUGUUGUUGUUGUUGUUGUUGUUGUUGUCGGGUUAUGUCUCUCAGACUUAAACUGAAAAUUAUCUGUAUUUUGUUGUGUAGCAAAUGUGGUAAAUAAACAAUACGAACAUUUCUUUUCUGGAAAAAUAAAAAAGUGAAUUUUGUA